AAUUACAGUGAUUGACUCCGCUCAUCUGAUGUAGGAUGAAUCUGCUCCCCUGACUUUCUGGAUGAGGUUGCACUCAGUAAAUUCUUUUAGUCACAGCCCGGAGAGACAGCUGUCCACUUGACCAAGGUAUUGUCACUUUGCUGUCAUUAGGGGACACUGCUUUGUCAGUUCAAAGUGUCCCUUGCUGGAGGCUGCGCUGUCACUGAUGCAAGUUGCUGCUUCACUACAUGAGUGACUCCCUGUGUGGAUACUAAUCACACACACUCGCCCUAGUCUUGUCUCCCCCUCGCCGCCUUGCUGCCUGUGAUUUGCUGAGGGAGGGUGGGGAUUGUUCUUGGGAUGAGACCACGUGAAAGGGUGACAUUUGUUUACUUUUGACAAAAGCCCUAAAAUAGAAAACUCGCUGAUCCCUAGUGGUGAGUCAAUCUUUUGUGAGGAUGAGGAUGGAUGUGAAGUCUGCUGAUCAGGAGGUCCCCCUCACUGCGGACAUGAACUCUGCUGCAGAAGAGAAAACUGCACGCGGAGACGUCAAGGCUUCUUCUGUGCCCGGAGAAACUUUCAAUGAAACGAUGAGGGAGAAUGAAAAGUAUAAUGCAACAGCAGAGGAGGACAAAGGGAUACACAUUAUCAACAUCAAGGCGAUCGAAGAUAUUGGCUACAUCCAGCCCGAGACAGUUUUGUUGAACUCCUUGAACACAGAUCAAGAUUCUGCCGGCAAACAUGGAUUGUGCUUUCAAGAUGGUGAAAGGAAAGUUGAUUAUAUCCUGGCCUACACUUUCAAGAAAUCCUCGGGCAACAGGACACCAAACAAAAAGUCCCACUAUAACAACUCUGUUUCCAGCCAACGCAGUGGGAAGGAAGGUCAGCCACUUCCUGGUGGAGUCCAUGACUUGGAGACCGCUGAAGCAGAACCCAGAGUGGACUAUCAUGAAGAUGACAAAAGAUUCCGCAGGGAAGAAUACGAAGGCAACUUGAUCGAGACUGGCCUGGAACUGGAGAAGGAUGAAGAGACUAAAUUGCACGGGGUGGGUUUUGUGAAGAUCCAUGCUCCCUGGAACGUACUCUGCAGAGAAGCUGAGUUUAUGAAACUCAAGAUGCCCACCAAGAAGGUUUAUCACAUAAACCAGGCCCAGGGACUUGUGAACAAGAUCAACUCUGUCCUUAAUAAGAUCAGUGAACCCAUUCAGCCCAAGGUUGCCGAUCACAGGCCGCAGACGGUUAAACAUCUCUCCUAUCCAUUUUCCAGGGAGAAGCAGCACUUGUUCGAUAUGUCCGACAAAGACUCGUUUUUCGACAGCAAAACAAGAAGUUCAAUUGUUUAUGAACUUUUGAAACGAACAACCUGCACCAAGGCCAAAUACAGCAUGGGAAUAACAAGCCUGCUUGCUAAUGGUGUAUACAGUGCUGCGUACCCUCUGCAUGAUGGUGACUACGAAAGUAUCUCAGAACCAAAUGACCGAAAGCUCCUGUGUGACGAAUGGGCCAGUUAUGGAGUUUUUUACAAAUAUCAACCCAUCGACCUCGUCCGGAAAUACUUUGGGGAGAAGAUUGCCUUGUACUUUGCCUGGCUUGGAGUUUACACCCAAAUGCUUAUUCCAGCAUCCGUUGUGGGGAUCAUUGUGUUCCUGUAUGGGUGUGCUACCUUAGAUGACGAUAUACCAAGCAUGGAAAUGUGUGACGAGCAAUACAAUUUUACCAUGUGCCCUCUAUGUGACAAGACCUGCAAUUACUGGAAGAUAAGUUCUGCCUGUGCCACAGCCCGUGCCAGCCAUCUCUUCGACAACCCUGCCACGGUGUUCUUUUCAGUGUUUAUGGCUUUAUGGGCUGCCACGUUCAUGGAGCAUUGGAAACGUCGCCAAAUGCGUCUGAACUAUAGAUGGGACUUGACUGGCUUUGAAGAAGAGGAGGACCAUCCCAGAGCAGAGUAUGAGGCUAAAGUCCUUCAGAAAUCUCUCAGGAAGGAGUUCAAAUUUAAAAAGAAGCAUCAACAUGUACCUGAGGACAACUCAAACAAGUGGCGGCAGACAGUUAAGACCGCCAUGGCUGGGGUGAAAUUGACUGAAAAGGAGAAGCUCACCUGGAGAGACAGGUUUCCAGCAUAUCUUACAAAUAUUGUUGGCAUUCUUUUUAUGAUCGGUAUGACCUUUGCUAUUGUGUUUGGCGUGAUUGUUUAUCGAAUCUCAACUGCUGCAGCUCUAGCGAUGAGCAACGAUGCCGCCACCAGAGCCAACGUGAGGGUGACUGUAACCGCAACGGCCGUCAUCAUCAACUUGGUGGUUAUUCUGAUUCUGGAUGAGGUGUAUGGCUGCAUAGCAAGAUGGCUGACCCAAAUUGAGGUUCCAAAAACAGAUAAAACGUUUGAAGAGCGGCUGAUUUUUAAGGCCUUCCUGCUGAAGUUUGUAAAUGCUUAUACUCCUAUAUUUUACGUGGCUUUCUUCAAAGGCCGGUUUACUGGACGACCUGGAGACUAUGUCUACAUUUUUCAGUCCUUUAGAAUGGAGGAGUGCGCCCCAGGUGGGUGUCUCAUGGAACUGUGCAUCCAACUGAGCAUCAUUAUGUUGGGGAAGCAGCUGAUCCAGAAUAAUCUCUUUGAGAUUGGAAUCCCGAAGAUGAAGAAGCUGAUCAGAUACAUAAAGUCAAGAAGAGAAACCGGUACGGACCAUGAGGAGCAUUUGAAAAAGAAGCAGCGUUACGAGAUGGAUUACAAUCUGGAGCCUUUUGCUGGCCUGACUCCGGAGUAUAUGGAAAUGAUCAUCCAGUUUGGAUUUGUCACCUUGUUUGUCGCCUCAUUUCCACUGGCACCUCUGUUUGCUUUGUUAAACAAUAUCAUUGAAAUCCGUCUGGACGCAAAGAAAUUUAUCUCUGAACUCCGAAGGCCAGUAGCAGUCAGGGCAAAAGAUAUCGGUAUCUGGUAUAACAUCCUACGUGGCAUUGGCAAGCUUGCUGUCAUAAUAAAUGCGUUUGUGAUUUCAUUCACCUCUGACUUCAUUCCGCGCCUCGUCUACCUGUACAUGUACAGCGCAGAUGGCACCAUGCAUGGCUUUGUCAACAACACGCUCUCCUAUUUCAAUGUGAGUGAUUUCAAGCCUGGAACCGGACCCAACAUGGACCACGGCCUGGGGUACCCAGUGGAAGUGUGCAGGUACAAAGAUUACAGGGAGCCGCCCUGGUCUGAAAAUAAAUAUGACAUUACCAAGGAGUUCUGGGCUGUACUGGCAGCAAGACUAGCAUUUGUGAUCGUUUUUCAGAACUUGGUCAUGUUCAUGAGUGAGUUUGUAGACUGGAUAAUUCCAGACAUUCCCAAAGACAUAAGUGAACAGAUCCACAGGGAGAAGGUUCUUAUGGUCGAGGUGUUUCUCAAGGAAGAACAGGGUAAACUCCAAAUGCUGGAAACCUGGAAAGAUCGUGACAAGAAGAGAGGUGAGAACCUUAACAGCCACAGUCCCAAACUCUCCCGCAGCCAACGAGGAAGCUCCGCAUCUGCUUAUUCAUAUCGAGUGGAUGUGUAGGGCCAGCAACAUCUAGGACACAAUGUUUGGGCAUUCAUUCCACUGAGCAUAACAUCAAUAAGGACUUGACUCACAAGGAGUUUGAAAGUUCUUGUCUUUACAGCCACUUGGCUUGCACCUCUACCAGGAACAGAUAACCAGGUUUUAAGAAAUGAAUGGCACAGAAGCCCCAAUCUCCUGUGCCGUGACUUGGACAACACUGCUGAUGUGUGCAUGUUCAAUAGUAGAAUGUAACAAACUUCUAUAUUAGAUAUCUUCUUGUGCCUUCUGAGAUACCUGCAAACUGUUGCUUUAAUGCUAAAUUUUACCCAGUCACUACUGGAGAGUUCUGCAGUCCAUUCUGAAAAGCUGCACAGAGGUCUUUUUGAAGGCUAAACAUGGACUAAGCCUUACGUUUUUGUGGAUCCCUUAAAAGUGCUUACUGUGUCUGUGCUGACAUUCCAAGAUGGACAAUAUAUGUACUGGGAGCAUCAACAUAUUGAAGACUAGUUAUCUCCACUUCUUGCCCAACUCAGCCUUGUUUGCUAGGCCCUUUGGUAGAGUCCUUGGCAUUUGACACAGCUAUUGUUCCAUGCAACCAUGACGCGUAUACCCACAUUAACUGUCAGUACUGAAAUGGUUAGCUCUCUCCCCCCUUCCUGCCUCUUGGCUGAAACUAUCAUUGUUUGUUUAGUCCAGCAUUCAAUGGGUUAAGCCUUCGAAGAAAAAAUAUUUUUUUAGAAAACUACCUAUGCAAUGUAAAGACACCCUUUCUUUAUACAAAUCUUUUAUACCUAUUUAUUGUAGCAAAAGUAUAUUUUGAAACCAAUCAAUUCCUGUGUUCGUCCAGGGCAAGCCUCUGAUUUUUAAUCUUUCUUGGGAGUGGCGGCAGGGUGUGUUCUUGCUCGAUUCACCCAAGGAGGUAAUAUGUUAAAUUAAAAAUUGAUUUUUGGGUGUAUAAUUCUUGGGUGGUGAAUUCUGAGAAGGGCUGGCUUUCAGCACAAAGCAUUACACUUCUCAGACAUUCACAAAACGUGGAUGUAAAAAAAACAGUCUGCAAUUACUGUUUCAUUUUAUUGUGUAUUUUUUUUUGUAAUUUAUAAUAAAAGUAAAUAAAAUAAUUUUAUGUCUU